UUCAGCAAACCAAGCAGGCCGUCCUCCCGCCUCCCUCUGGGCUGCCUCAGCCCAGAACGGCCCCGCCGCCGCCGCCGCCGCCACCAAACAAUCCAAAACCCCUCCGCCUAGGCGCCGGCUCCCGUGAUUUCCCCACCAAAACCCCCCGGCCGACGUCUUCCUCCUCCCGCUCCCGCGCGUGGCUGCCGGUGCCCCUCUGCACCCGACUCGCUCCCGCGCACGCCGUGCCACCGAUUCACUUCCGCGGCCGCGCGGGCGGGCGCCGCUCGCCCCGCCCUCGCCCUCCAUGGACCUCUCCGACGACUGGCGCUCCCUCUUCCCCGUCUCCUCCGUGUUCGCGCCGCCGUCCCUCGCCCCGCCGCCCGCCGCCUCCUCCUCCUCCCGCGGGCCCCUCCUCUUCUCCCCUUUCCCGCCGCCCACCCCGCUGAUCUCCCUCCCCUUCCCCAUCCAGCCGCGCGCCUCCACCCGCGGCCUCCACCGCCUCGUCCGGUCCUUCGUCACCGCCACCUCCUUCCUCCCGCUCUCCGCCCUCGACUCCCUCGCGGGGGCCCUCCUUGCGCCGCCGUCUCCGCCCUUCCCGCUGCCUUCCAAUCUUCUCGCCGUCCUCCGCCGCUCCAGCUCUUCCUCCCCGUGCUCUCUCCUCCUCUUCUUCCCCUACGGCGAGAAUGCAGAGCAGCUUGCCUUUGUUACCCUGGAUUCCUCCACGGUCACCGGUUCGACGCCCGUCUCGCUCGUUGUUCAGGGAGAUGGGUUCAGGCACCCGGGGCACCGCAUCCAGCAGCUUGCUGCCUCCGCUACUGAGUCGUCCUGGCCGUCGCAGCUGGGAGACAGCCUUGUCGAGGGAUUCCUGCUUGCUGCGUCGUUGUACUCGGUGAAUUGGUUCAGGGUUAACUUGCAGGAUUCGGAUCCUCCGGUCCUAGUGCCGGUGGCCAAUUAUGGGUUUGACGCCGUCGUCGUGCAUGCCUGCUGGAGCAGGCAUUUGCCAUCGGAGUGUAUUGUGUUGCUGGAGAGUGGGGAGCUGUGGUGGUUCAAUCUGAAUACCCAGCGUGGAGGGAAGAUGAGGGUUGAUUUUGGCUGCAAGGAUGAUUGGGGGAACUGGCUAAGCUGUGACUAUGGGGCGCAACCAUGGAUGGUGAUCAUUGCGAGCUCAAAAUCCAUUAUUUUGAUUGAUUUGAGAUUUGGGGACCAUGGCAAAUACAAGGUUUUAGCUAGAGUUGGGAUUCCAGGACUGUUUGAAACUGACCCUUUUGCUGGGGCAGAUCAGUAUCUUGCAUUCUGCAGGGCGGGAUUUGAUAAUUUUCAUUUCUCAGUGGUGACAGAGCGUUACUUGAUUCUCCUUGAUGUGAGACAGCCGUUGACACCUUUGUUGGCGUGGCAGCAUGGGCUUGAGAGCCCUAAUAAUGUUGCUAUGUUUCGGCUUUCUGAGUUGAGGCCUUCUGAGGAACAUGAGUGGGCAUCAAAUUCUGGUUUUGCUAUUUUGGUUGGUUCAUUCUGGACUGGGGAGUUCAGUGUGUUCUGUUAUGGGCCUAAGGAGCAAGGCUGUUCAGAAAAUUCUCACCUAUAUGCUUGGGAUCUUCCUUCACGGUUUUCUCUGACAGGUCAGUGCUGCAGCUGCAGCAAUGCAAUAGUGAAAGAAGUAUUCUCAAUGCCUGUUUCAAGAGACGGCCCUGCUUCUCAAGAAAGUAAGAACCCCACUAUUGGCUACUAUGUGCUUCCGAAUGACCUCUCAGUGUUGGAGCCAUCAUUUACUGGUUUUGCUUUGAUCCGGCUGACAGCAUUGGGGAAGUUAGAGAUGCAAAAGUAUCGUGCAUCAGCAGAUUUGCGUGAUGAUGUCCCAUGUGAUGAAUCACAGCAUACAUCCAGGGUUAGUAACUCAUCCAUUUUUCCUGACACUUGGGGAGAAAAUUUCUCCCUCAGAUAUGGUUUAAUGAAGUUGCAUUUCCUAUCUGAACAUCUAAAAGGCAAUCUGUGCAGUGCAUUGGUGAAGCAUGAUUUUUUUGUUAGUGAACAAAUGGAGCAAAUUACUGUUAGUAAAGAAGUGUCAGAAUAUGCAAAAGAUAACUCUAGUUCAUGUUCUCGAUCAGUUUCGGAUUUUCUGUGCAAUGCAAGUAUCCCCAUGAACAUUUUUGAAAUUGCAUGUCAGAGAAUAUUGAAUGGCCUACCAUCAAAUAUCCUUCAUGUCACCUUCUCUAACUACAAGGACAUGCUAGCAUGCAGUGCAGAAAAAACCUUAUGUGAACAUUUAGAUGUUCCUACCUGUUUGACACACAAUAAACUUCGACCUUUCCUGCUGGCGAAACCUUCAGGCUUAAGUGACAAUCUGACUAGCAAAGUACUAUCUUCUCUUGUUGGUCCAGUACUUCCCAUACAUGUUCUACUUGCAAUGGAAGAGAGAAACAAGGAUAUAGAAAGCUCUUCUCAGGGUGCAACUGCAGAAACCGACUCUGUAAGAGAUCGAUGUAGAGAAGUUCUUGAAGCCUUUGAUCCUGUAAUAUCCAUUGCUGACAUGAACAACUGUAAUGGAUGGCCUGCUUCACAAGAGAUGAAUGAUGAGAAGUCCUAUUUUGCAUAUGAGCCUCAGAUUGAAAAUAGGUUCACUCUUGAUGAAAAUGCUAAAAAGAAGGAAAAAGGAGAUCAAAAGCUAGAUGACCCAGUGCAUACAUCUGCAACACCAUAUCAGGAUAAGAUAUUUACGACAUUUGUUUGUGGAAAAGCUGAAAUUCCUGAUUCUGGAGCUGAACAAGCUGCAACUGCUUUGUUUGAUUUCGGCCCAGUGAGGAUGGAUUUUGAAUUCCCAGGCAUGGAAAUUCAUCCUGCAGAGGAAAAGGUAUACAAAUGCUUGAAGAAACAAUUUUUAACAUGGCAAAAUAAUUUCAGGCCAUACCAAGAUUUUUGUAGCUCGCAUAAAAUACAGAAGCCAAAGCAAUAGGCCCAUCCAUGCUUCAUUCAGUUUUAGCAAGGCUUAGAUUUACACAUGCUUUACAUGCUUUUUUUUGGAGGAUAAAGGCAUACUAAGUAUAUAUGCUCAGGUACUCAGCCUGGUAUACAUAUGCAUGACCUGCUGUUUGGAUUCAAUAUAUGUUGUGUUCUUUAUAUGGGCCACGGUUCAGAAACAUAUCGCUGCUACUUGGAGUGCUGAUGAUUUGUUCGGUUGGCAGCGUAAAAAUGCAGAAAACACUCAACCAAAACAGUCCUUUCUGACGAAGCUUUCUGUCUACAAGUACUUAAGUUUGCCAAUAUUACGACUUUGUUUGCUUAUUGAUACU